AUCACACUUCAAACACAAAACCACAAAGCUUUAAACUUCCAAAAGAAUACAACAAACAAUCAAAGCUUAAUCUAUCCAACAAUGUCGAAGAUUAUUUCCCUUGUGGUGGCGAUGAUCGCAGUGCUAGCUUUGCCGAUUCGUGGUCAACAACAACCUCUAAGCCAAUGUACUCCAUCAAUGAUGACCACCGUGAGUCCUUGUAUGGGCUUCAUAACCAACAGUAGCAGCAAUGGAACUUCGCCGUCGUCUGAUUGUUGUAACUCGCUGAGGUCUUUGACCACCGGAGGAAUGGGAUGUCUUUGUCUAAUUGUCACUGGAACUGUUCCUUUCAAUAUUCCUAUUAACCGCACAACCGCUGUCUCACUUCCCCGUGCUUGUAACAUGCCUAGAGUCCCUCUUCAAUGCCAAGCCAAUAUUGCUCCAGCUGCUGCUCCUGGACCUGCUGCUACAUUUGGACCAUCGAUGUCUCCAGGACCAGAGACGGAUCCAAUUGUUCCAGAGCCAACUCCGGCAGCUCAGACACCACAGUCUGAUACAACCCGACCAUUUACACCAUCCGUCGACGGUGGAGCUCCAACAUCAGACGACGGAGGAAGCACCAGUCGACCUUCUGAGACUCCUUCAUCCGCCUACGCACUCUCACCAUCUCUUCUCUUCUUCAGCAUCGCCCUCGUAGCUCUCAAAUUCUACUGAUGAUUCCUUUUGUUUCUUUGCAUUCCUUAUGUGAUUUGAUUUAUGCAUCGUUGAUUAUAGAAAGAAACCAUUUAUUUGGUCAUUGCUUUGUGGAAUAAGCUUUUGUGUAUACUGUUCUCUGUUUCGAGUGAGAUUUAUUUUGUGUUGUUGAAGUAAUACAUCAUCAUUUUUAUGG